CCCAAGGCGCCGAUCCAAAGGCUACACCGACAGUGGGUGCUGGGUGACUCCCGCCCUCAAGUUUAAGUUCAAGUUCACCACAACAUCCUUGCCGGUCACACGCGGGUCACACCACCUCAGCACACCUCUCCCAGCAUGGAGGGCUGAGCCAGGCACGAGGGAGUGUUCAUUACAGCCGUCACCGCCGCGUCCCAUGCUGCGCCGCCCACACGCCGGCACCUGAGCCAAGGCGUUGCGUCACCCGGCUGCCUCACGGAAUGGCCAAACACCUGGCGCAGCUGGUGGUUGCUGGACUACAGGUGGUGGGCCGGGCCUUUGCCAAGGCACUCAGGCAGGAGAUAGCAGCGAGCCAGGCGGCAGCACAGCGGGCAGGAGGCGGGGCGGCAGGCGCUCGGCACUCAGCAGCCAACCAGAAGCUGGGCAUGACCCUGGAGGAGGCCAAACAGAUACUUAAUGUGGAGGAGCUGGACCCAGAGAGGAUCCAGAAGAACUAUGAGUACUUGUUCAACAUCAAUGACAAGAGUAAAGGGGGAUCCUUCUACAUUCAGAGCAAGGUGGUUCGGGCCAAGGAGCGCGUGGACAAGGAGCUGGAGGAGGUGGUGACAGCCAAGGAGCAGCAGCAACGCAAGGACACCACCCAGGAUGGCAACACCUGAGGCCCUGCACCGGCACCACCGCCGCUUUCACCCUGCCCUCCCGACAUGCUCCCAGCAGUGGCUUGGCCGAGGGAGCUGAGCAAGUCAGCUACGAUGUGGUGUGCUGCUGUGCAGUAAAUGAGACUAUUGUAGUGGAAAUAUAUAACGGUGAUUCAGUUGGACAUUUAUUAACUGCUGCAAUACGUAAAUGUCCCAUUCCUUAACCCAAAUUGGAGAAAAUUGAUAAAUAUAAUUUAACCCUCUCGCGCACGAUGACGCAUUCCGCGUCAUCAAAGGUAAAAAGGUCCUGGUGCACGAUGACGCAAAACGCGUCAUAAAAGUUAAAAAAUUGAUUAAAAAAUAAGUUUUCGGUGGAAGUGCAUCAAAUUUGGUGUGUCAUUUGUUGGGAUAAGUUUCUUAAUGGUAACAUAUGGCAACCUUUCUAAGGAGCGUAAAUGAGGAGCGUGGAGUGAUUUUUAGUUGUUAGCCUACUCUGACGGGAGAGGAAAAAAUACAGUUUUAUUGGUGUAACUCAGGAACUAAUAGGUGUAUGAAGAUUUUGAGGAUACCAUAAGAAUCCUCACUAAAUUCCACUUUGAAACAUAUAUUCAGCUAAAAAAGUUGGCCCUCAAAAUUUCGAGAUAGCAAGUGGGGAAGAGUUGGUACUUUGGAUUUAUUGUCUACAAUACUCUAUACAGAGACUUGAAACAAGUUUCUAUUGUUUAUAUAUAUUUUUUCCUCUAUUUUUAUUUGCGCAUGUUCUAGUAUAAGUCUUUAUGAAGCCACGUUUAUUGGGGUACGAUAUAUCUGUGAUGGUAAAAUACAUACUGGAAUAUAGAGUUUCGCGGCGGCAAAAAAAAGGCUGGUCGGGCCUGAGAGAUGCAUGGUGAGUGGAAGAGAAACUUACUGGAAACUUACUGUGCGCGAGAGGGUUAAAUUGGCCACAUCUUUAAAAAUGUUGAAAUUGCAGUAAUAAAAGCUGAAAGUAUAGUAAAUAAACUGAAAAGUGUUCCGUGAAUUGUAAAGUUCAUAGAGUCUAUUACUGUAUAAAGUAUAUAAAAGUUUAUUUUAAGAUGUGUGAGGGAGUCAAAGUUUGCUGUAGUGAGUUCUGAUAAUGGCACCGUGACUACCUCCUGUGUUACUGUUUGUAAAUAAAUAUUCUUUUGUUAA